AUGUGGCUCUUCCGCGCCAUCUCGUCGGGACUCUUCCUGACCGUCACGGUCGCAUCCAUCCCUCUCGCGUUUGAUGUGGGUGGAAAGACAUGCGGUCUGGCCUAUUCGCUUUCCCUCGCGACCUUUUACUUUCUGUUCUCACUCCUGCGACUUUCCACCCCCGAUCGGUCCUGGAUCCGCUCCUCCCUGGUCGUCAUCAUCAGCUCUACGCAGUGGCUUAUAAUCCCGAUCCUGCUUAUCUGGUCGCUCAACCGCUUCUCUAUCGAUAAUGACAACGCGGCUUCAUGGGUGGAACGGACCUUCACCGGCAAGAGGGCCCACGACUCCUCCAUUCAGGAGUGGGUGUUUGGGCCGGAUGGUUUGGUGGAAUCGGUGACGAUUGGCAACUGGGAUAAACUCUUGAGAUGGUCGACACCGGUAUUCCAGCUAGUGGAGGGUUUCUGCAGUUUACUCGUCAUACAAGCUGCAGGGCAAAUCACUCGGUGGCUUGUGAACCGGGGCGGGCGCAGUGAUAGUUGGAUGAUUGGUCUCCUGGUUUUAUCCGCCUCAAUCAUAUCCAGCUCCGUGUAUUUCUUAUGGCGUGUUAUGCAGUUCCCGGAAAUCUCCAAUGUGGAUGCGGCUCUAAUUGGUGUCUCCAUAACAUGCGCGGUGAUCUUGUGCGCCUGGGGUAUCGGUAGCGGCCGGGGAAAUCCAGUGGAGAGUUCCUUGCUAUUUGCCUACAUUGUGCUCUGCCUCUACCAGAUCUUCACAGACUACAAACCCUCUCACCCUCUGGAACAAGCGCCCUCUCCUGCUCAAGCUGGGGAUUUCCCGCCGCUACCACCGAUCAUCAUGGAGUCGUACACCACUCUGAUGCAUGCAUUGUCCACCCUGCCUUCAAUCAUCCACGCCCUGUUCAAUGUUAUCACCGCAGUCUUUGGCGCCGUGACUCCCUCCGUGUUAGUCUCGCUCACCUACCGGAUCCUGGUGCUGUACGCGUCCACUCGAAUCAUCCCCGCAGUUCGCGAGUCUGGCGCUCGCGCCUUGUCGCAGGAAGCCUCGUUGGACGACUCCGAUGCCGCCGGUCAAUUCCUCGGUUUCCUCAGCUACUUCUCCCCCUCGAUUCUCAUCGCCGUGUACACCAGCCUUCUGAUGCAGCAUUUCGCUCUGACAUCUCAAGCAAUGGGUGGCAGUGGUGAAUGGUGGAGCAGCCAAGGCGGUGGCGGCGGCAACCUCUGGCGCUGGAUCAACCUUGCCUGCACGAUGGGCUUGUACGCUGUUGAGCUCUACCUCGGCGAGAACGAUGAUCUAGAUACCGGCUUGGCUGGUCACUGGAAGACCGACUGA